GCAUUCGCCAAUGCAGCGGACAAUGAAGCGAACAGAGCUUUCCUGGACCCUAUCGAUUACAGCCUGGGAAAAAAAAGUUGUAGUGACGGCUUCGUCUAUUUCUAUGACCACUAUGUUGUCACUGGUUUCAUCAACGUCACCGGGUACACCCCUCCGAAAAUCAAUGCUUAUUUCUUCAUAGAAUACCUGAUAAGUGAAAGUCCAGGCCCUUUCUGGUGGUCGGUAAGAAAUGUUCACUUUUUUUGUGUGGCCAUUUCUCUGUCCCAAAUUACGCUAAAUUCUUAACUCCUUAUCAAUAUUCGUCCAAUAGGGUCAUUAGUUGAACGUGUAGAAGUCCAUUUAGAUUUGAAGCUCAUAAACUCUGAGUUUGGUGUUAAGUUUUACUUCAGUCCCGUGCCGUUUCUCUGUCCCAAAUUACGUUUAACUUUCGGUACCUUAUCAAUAUUCUCCAAUAGGGUCAUUCAUUUAACGUGUAGAAAUCCAUUUAGAUGUGAAGCACUUAAACACCGUGGUUGGUGUUAAGUUUUACUUCCGCCCACUGGUGUGUCUGGUGGAGAUGUUAUUUUGGAUAAGGCACAACGAGCGGGGCACUAGCUCUCUUCCAUGUCAGAAGACAGCAAAGUGCGUAAGACGGCAAGACAUGUAAGACGGCAAAGCGUGUAAGACCGCAAAGCGUGUAAGACGGAUAAGCGUAUAAGAUUGCAAAGGGUGUAUGAUUGCAAAGGGUGUAAGAUUUCAAAGGGUGUAAGAUUGCAAAGGGUGUAAGAUUGCAAAGGGUGUAAGAUUGCAAAGGGUGUAAGAUUUCAAAGGGUGUAAGAUUGCAAAAGGUUAAAGACGAAAAGCGUGUAAGACGGCAAAUCGUGUAAGACGACAAAGCGUGAAAGACGGCAAAGCGUGUAAGAUGGCAAAGCAUGUAAUAUGGCAAAGCGUGUAAGAUGACAACGCGUUAAAGACGGCAAAGCGUGUAAGAACAGCAGCUGAUGCUGAACAGACAAAGCAGUGAGUUCGAGUCACAAAAGAGUCUCGUGUUUAUUCAGAAAUCUUCUCUCGUGCCAUCUUCAUUUAUCAACGGAUUCAGUGCAAACUCCAAAAUUUGGGUCUUCCAAAGCAUAUAAUUUGAAUUUAGCUUAUAAUAGCAAUCACUUGAGAUUCUGUUGACCAGAGCAUCUGGAUGUACAUGUACACAAGUAACAAUUCACUGUCAACCUUUAGUACACAAGUAACAAUACACUGUCAACCUUUAGUACAAAAGUAACAAUUCACUGUCAACCUUUAGUACAAAAGUAACAAUUCACUGUCAACUGUUAGUACAAAAGUAACAAUUCACUGUCAACCUUUAGUACAAAAGUAACAAUACACUGUCAACCUUUAGUACACAAGUAACAAUACACUGUCAACAUUUAGUACAAAAGUAACAAUUCACUGUCAACCUUUAAUACAAAAGUAACAAUUCACUGUCAACCUUUAGUACAAAAGUAACAAUUCACUGUCAACCUUUAGUACAAAAGUAACAAUUCACUGUCAACCUUUAGUACAAAAGUAACAAUACACUGUCAACUGUUAGUACAAAAGUAACAAUUCACUGUCAACCUUUAGUACAAAAGUAACAAUUCACUGUCAACUGUUAGUACAAAAGUAACAAUUCACUGUCAACCUUUAGUACAAAAGUAACAAUUCACUGUCAACCUUUAGUACAAAAGUAACAAUACACUGUCAACUGUUAGUACAAAAGUAACAACACCCUGAAGGUGGGGGCACAGAGGGAAGGCUUUAGAAAAUUCAGAGCUCGUCUAGCUCCCAACAAGCCCCGCUUGGUCUCCGGUGUAUACAUGUCAGAGAUUAAAUCUGAUUUUCUGAACCAUGUAUUUUGUCAGAUUGGAUAUACCCUCUAUGAUCUGUGGAACGACACAUGCACCGAUAUUCAAGACGUCCCAGUUCGAAAGUGCAGAUGCAAAUAUGAGUCGGGGGACAUCAUACGUAUCAAGUGUAACAUACAUGCGGACAAAAAUAUCAUCAAUAAACCAUUUCGGUUGACAUUCGAAACAAAUGAUUUUUCCUCGAGCUUACAUAAGGAUGGGACCAAGGUGUACCGUAAGUAGACAUAUUUACUUUUUUUAAUUCUUUUAUUAAACGCACAUAUUAAUAUCGCUCGGUUCUAAAUACAUUUUAAUCUCUUUAAAUAACAGUACUAUACCAAUAGUCUAAUCAGGAAUAUUGGAUCAGCUCGCUAAUGUAAGGCAGUAACGUGAAGUCCACAUUGGUCAGCCAUGAGCGGAAACACACAAUCGUAUUCCUAAGAUUUCUAGUGCGCUUUUUUUUCCGUACUCGAUGGCAGGGCACAGAGAUUUCGGAAAGUGUUUAAAAUUGUCUUCAAGUUCAAAACUCUUAUUAAAGGACUCUUUUUCUUUACUGGCUGGUUUUAAAGAGGAUGAAGGAAGGCCGUGUUAAGAAAUGCAUGCUUUAAAGAAAAAUUGCCUGGGGAUGCAAGACAUAUUGGAUGGUCGUAGGAGCGCUCAAUGAAUUAUGUCAAAGAAAUAUGAAGGAAGUUAAAUCGAAAUCGGCGAAUGGGAGAUUAUCAUUGAUCAACGCUCCUGCUUACUUUCCCCAAACUGUUGGAAUUCAAGUGCAGCCCAGACUGCCAUUCCAGGAUCAGCUUCAUUGGUUAUUCAAAGAUUUUGGAGAAAGACGACAGAAUGUCAUAUAAAAGGUAUUCCCCUUUGCGACUAAGCUUCCCCCAUUCCUUCAGAAUUUCAAUUUUUAAAAAAAAACGCAACACAUUUGAGACAACAUACAUGUUGUAAUUUUUUUAAAUAAAAAAAAACAACAACAAAAUUUCUGACAUUUUAUGUAAUAUGCUUUUUUUAAAAAUCACCUUAAGAAGAGCGCUGAAGAUAUGAUUAUCACCCACUUGAUAAUAAUCCUACAAUAACACCCCCCUCGUGUUAAAGGACAUCCCUUAAAACUUAUGACGGAAUCCCAACUACAACUGGUGUUGUACUUACGAAUCUGCAACAUGAUCAGCAAGUCCCUGGUAGGUUAUGAAAGAGGUACGGAGUUAAGACCGAUUGUAAAUCAAAAUUGUCGGUUGCACAUUUAUCCGCCAGCAGUUCACGUGAAGCUUGACAGGCAGCAUCAAAAUCUCUCGCACAUUGUCUCAUUUUUGGAAUGCUUCUUUCAAAAUAAUUCCUGGAUAGUUGGAUAUUUUUGAAUUUGAAAGCCUCCUGGACGAGUGGAUAUAAUUUAUUAGAAACUAACAAAGAAUUGGUGGAUUCAUUCUGUGUUUUCCAUCCUGGUUUCCUUUUUGGAUCUAUCCGUACCUGGGUUGAUUCAGUGUUAGGUAAUUGAACUUUCCACUUAUAACGAACUCGACCUUGUUGGAGUGUGUCAUUCCUCGACAAGACUAUGUGGAACGCUGUGUAGCAAUUUUUAAGGUCACAAUAGUGUCUGUCUGUUUCAAGUUGUUUGAUAGUCCGACAAUUAACUUGAAAGAAAUGUCCUCCCCCCCCCUUUUUUACCACUCAUUUACUGAGCUGUCCUCCCGUUAGCUAUGUCAUUAGUAGCGAAUGCCGAACACUUUGUCUAAUGAAAAGGAAAUCUGCAAGAGGUUGUCGUGAAGGAAGAAAGAAAGAUGGGCUUUCGUCACUCAGCUUCCAAAAAGAUAUUGCGUCACAAUACUGGCAAUGUUACCACUGGGCUCAUUAAGGCGCAGUCAUCUGUAAGGAAAGCAGUGGUCAUCAAUGACCUUUCACCGAGAAGUCGCUUGACAUUAUGAUCAUCAAGGAGACAUGGCAUCUUGAAGGUGGCGAUGAGCCAGCAAUUAAAGACAUGACCCCUGCCAGCUAUGUUUUUUUUUUCUUCCACACCGCCUUCGGUCAUCUGGUCAGAGUAGUAUGGGUUUGGCUGUGAUCCAUCGACCCUCCAUUACUGUAAAACUGUGUAAUGUGAUUACGUUCACUUCUUCUGAGAGUUAAAACUCUGUGAUUUCUCACGGCAAACAUACUUACGAAUUAUCACUCAGUGCAGACCUCCGUCUUCUGCUGCUCAUAAGCUCAAAGUGAUGAAAGUACACCAUGCGCCAAACAGGCAGCAGUGAAAUUUAUCUCACUUUUUCAAAUGUUUUCUUCAAAUUAUAGUCCUUGGAUAGGUGGAUAUUUUUAGAACUCAAAGUUUCUUGGACUGUUUAGAGUUUAGAUGCUGAACUUUUUCACUCAUAACAAACUCAAUCGUGUUGCAGUGCGUAAUUUCUUUUCAGGACAUUUUAGGACAUCGGAGUGCCGUAAGCAUGCUAAAAUAGCAUGUAAAUGAGUGCUAUAUAAGUACUCAAAUCAACCAGUUCGACAAAAUACAUUUAAAAUAUUGAACAGAUGUGGAAAAAAAUUCAAGAGUAAAAAAAAUGUCACAUUUUAGGCAACGCCCUCUCACGUCCAAUAAUAUUGGAUGGUGAAAUAAACAACAUAAUCUCCAAGCCGAAUGUUGUGUUUGGAAUAUAUCACAGAAAUCUCUGGGAGGAACGGUCUCAUAGCUUCCACUCAGCUGAAAGUAUAUCACGAAAUCGUACCAACACGACUAUGCGCCCGUGAGACAUGUACAGUGUAAAGCAGACGUGUUCAGUAACUAAACCAUUUACACGUACGCUAAGUAAGCAAAAGUCUUGGCAUAUGGCUGCAGGACGAAAAUACUUGAUAGCCAUGUCCUCAAAGGAUGGCUAUAGCAGCAUCCACAUGGUUUUACAUUUACAUGAAGGACUUUCCUGUAACCGCAUCGAUUCUAGAAAGUGGAUCUCUUCAUUUUAACAUUUUUACUAAAAGACUCUCUUCUUUUUAAGGAAAUAAAUCUUGCAAAGCUUGAGCGUCAAGAAACCGAGGUAACUACAUUUAUGUAAAUACCCCACGUCUGAUCUUUAUUCUUUUCAUCGUUUAUUAUUCCCUUACUUUUAUUUAUAUCAAAAGAGUAUUUUAAAAUUAUUAUUUAUGAUUAUUAUUUAGGCAUUUUUGUAUAGCGCUUACCUUACAGCUCUAAGCGCUUUACAAUUAUAAAAUAUGGAAACUAUUUAAACUGCUAAAGUAAAAUAAAAAUGAAAAACCAGAGACACUAGAAUAGUAGCUACAAUGUGAAAAAUGGCUAUAAAAACAGUAGCUAAAACAUUAAAAUGGCCCUAAAAACAAGUACAUUUGGCACGUUUUGGCACAUACCGGUACUUAAAUACAGGAUGAACCCGAGACAGAAAAUGAGGCAGGGAAAGGAGGUUGCAUCACAGGUCAUAGGCGGACCUAAAAAGAUGGGUUUCAAGGGACUUUUUGAAAGUGGACGAGGUUUCAAAAAUGACGGAUGUGGAAGGGGAGUUGGCUCUAUCUGCCCGCCCCCCCCACCCCCCUGUCCACAGCUCCUGGGGCAAAUUCAAUGGUGGAUUUCAUCAUUUCAGGAAGUAAAUUAUUGAAAUUUGACCACAACAAUAUAAGAAGUCUCUUAAAUAUUUUAUUGAUUUCUUAACAGGAAAGAGUCCCCAUGGCGGCAACAACGGAAGGUCUGGUAGGUAUUUUUUUUAUUAUGUUCAUCAGCACAAUGGUAUUAACAGCGCCCUCCCGACGGUUGCUAGCACCCCUUGCUUGCUUAACGUUGGCGCCCCUUAUAAUAAGUUUAAUCAUUUAAGGAAAAAACUUAGUUAUUCGGUAAUGAGUUUAUUACUUACGUUAUUGUUUAUUACUUGUGUUAUUGUUUAUUACUUAUGUUAUUGUUUAUUACUUAUGUUAUUGUUUAUUACUUAUGUUAUUGUUUAUUACUUAUGUUAUUGUUUAUUACUUGUGUUAUUGUUUAUUACUUGUGUUAUUGUUUACUACUUGUGUUAUUGUUUUUUACUUAUGUUAUUGUUUAUUACUUGUGUUAUUGUUUAUUACUUAUGUUAUUGUUUAUUACUUAUGUUAUUGUUUAUUACUUAUGUUAUUGUUUAUUACUUGUGUUAUUGUUUAUUACUUGUGUUAUUGUUUAUUACUUGUGUUAUUGUUUAUUACUUGUGUUAUUGUUUAUUACUUGUGUUAUUGUUUAUUACUUGUGUUAUUGUUUAUUACUUGUGUUAUUGUUUAUUACUUGUGUUAUUGUUUAUUACUUGUGUUAUUGUUUAUUACUUGUGUUAUUUUUUAUUACUUGUGUUAUUGUUUAUUACUUAUGUUAUUGUUUAUUACUUAUGUUAUUGUUUAUUACUUGUGUUAUUGUUUAUUACUUAUGUUAUUGUUUAUUACUUAUGUUAUUGUUUAUUACUUAUGUUAUUGUUUAUUACUUAUGUUAUUGUUUAUUACUUAUGUUAUUGUUUAUUACUUGUGUUAUUGUUUAUUACUUAUGUUAUUGUUUAUUACUUAUGUUAUUGUUUAUUACUUGUGUUAUUGUUUAUUACUUAUGUUAUUGUUUAUUACUUGUGUUAUUGUUUAUUACUUGUGUUAUUGUUUAUUACUUAUGUUAUUGUUUAUUACUUGUGUUAUUGUUUAUUACUUGUGUUAUUGUUUAUUACUUAUGUUAUUGUUUAUUACUUAUGUUAUUGUUUAUUACUUAUGUUAUUGUUUAUUACUUAUGUUAUUGUUUAUUGCUUGUUUAAAAAAAACAAAAACACCAUAGGCAAUAAACUCAUUACCGAAUAAAUACUUUUUUUUUCCUUUAAUGAUUAUACUUAUAAGGGGCGCCUAAAUUAAGGCUUAGGUAAACUUUCGCCCCUGUGCGAAGCACCCGUUCGGCGCCCUCUUCCCUGUCUCUGUAUCCAAAUUAAGAAUGCAGCUUUCAUAGUAUGAAAACUCUUUGUAUGAAAACUCAUUGUAUGAAAACUCAUUGUAUGAAAACUCAUUGUAUGAAAACUCAUUGUAUGAAAACUCAUUGUAUGAAAGCUCAUUGUAUGAAAACUCAUUGUAUGAAAACUCAUUGUAUGAAAACUCAUUGUAUGAAAACUCAUUGUAUGAAAACUCAUACAUACUUUUGAGUAACAUACUUUUGAGUAACAUACUUUUGAGUAACUAUGAAAACUCAUUGUAUGAAAACUCAUUGUAUGAAAACUCAUUGUAUGAAAACUCAUUGUAUGAAAACUCAUUGUAUGAAAAGUGAUUGUAUGAAAAGUGAUUGUAUGAAAAGUGAUUGUAUGAAAAGUGAUUGUAUGAAAAGUGAUUGUAUGAAAAGCGAUUGUAUGAAUAGCGAUUGUAUGAAAAGUGAUUGUAUGAAAAGUGAUUGUAUGAAAAGUGAUUGUAUGAAAAGUGAUUGUACGAAAAGUGAUUGUACGAAAAGUGAUUGUAUGAAAAGUGAUUGUAUGAAAAGUGAUUGUAUGAAAAGUGAUUGUAUGAAAAGUGAUUGUAUGAAAAGCGAUUGUACGAAAAGUUACAAUAACUCUUGUCGACCCCGGACCCAAGGUUUUACACUUCACUAUAAUAAACUGAGGGAAUUUUAAUAUUUACUGGGCGCCCUAGGCGCCCAUGUGCAAGGGCACCGGUUUGCACACCCUAAACGCCGGCUCUGGUAUUAAGAGACGUUUACUAAGAGAUCUAAUAAAGAGCUUGAUUUAUUUUACCCUGUCGCUGAAACUUACAAACGAAUUGAGUGAUUAUUUCUACAUUUGUGGCAUGUUUAUUCAUAUAGUAUUUCAAAAUAACAUUAUGCCGUCCAUGGGAUAUCAGCAGUGAGCUGGAGGAGUCAGUGGUCACAUAAAUUUUAGUUGUAGUUUGGUGCAGAGUCUUUGCAAAUGAAUGAGAAUGUCGUUCCUGUUAAAGUUCGUGGUCGCUUCGUAUACAUAAAUAUUUAUUUUAGGAAAGGGGGAACUUGGUUGCUUCGUAUAAAUACAUAUUUAUUUUGGGAAGUUGGAACUUGGUUGCUUCGUAUAAAUACAUAUUUAUUAUUGGGAAGGUGGAGCUUGGUUGCUUCGUAUAAAUACAUAUUUAUUUUGGUAAGGGGGAACUUGGUUGCGGUUCCUUACUUCCUAAGGUUUCUUCCAGGAGUCGACCACCUUGUUUAUGAGUUAUUUACAUGGCGUCCAUCCAGUUCCACUAUACCCUUAAUAAUUAACAUGCUCACACAUUUAUCAAUGAAACUUUAACAGUCAUCUAAUGACAUUUCUUAACAGGUCUCAUCUUUCUGGUCACGGCUUUGGUCUGCAUUGCUGCAUCAAUGUUUUCAAAUGGUCAAUGAACCUGUUUAUGGUACAGCCGGAUGCUGGGGGCAGUAUGGAUCAACGGAACAAUAACAUCUCAUUGUAACGUACAAUUCAUCAGGUUAAGCAAUAAAACAACUUAAAAUAAUUUAACUCAAAAUAUUAAUUAGGGAAAAUCACCAUCUGGAAGCUUGUGUAGCAUAACAAAGUAUAAUUCGGAAAACCACUAUCUGUACGCAUAUGAAGUAUAACCAAAAAAAAAACCAACAAAAACAUCGAACACUAA